GGAGAGGUACAGAGUUCCGGCCACCGGGCCAGUGGUGGUGGAAAGGUAACACGCGAAUGUCUUCUUCAGCUUCCUGUCGGGAUGGAUUUCAAAUUUGUGCUUAAAAAUUGAUUCGAAUCCUCCCUCUAUUAUGGCUUUCGCCGUCAGGUUUACUUUCCCCCACGCCGACUUGGUCACCGACGCCCCUGUUUUCACUGGUCUCAGCUUUAGUACUCCAGGUGUUGAACAUGUGGGUCACAUGCUCAAGAGGGUUGCUGUUGGUAGGUUUUUCCACAGGGGUGUAGACGAUAUAAGGAUGCUCCGGGAUGUGCUGGUGUUCGCCGGCGUUCCAAGACUCCACCUUUUGAUUGUCCGGGUGAACUGUCGGCGGUCCCAUGAGGUGGGUCCCCCAUUUAUUGGCCUCCGCCUCUUGCCAAAUUGGUUGAUGCAGCUUGCUUCUCCUGUUUCCGCCAUGGAUGGCUCCGCAAUCCUAAUUUGUUCUAAUUAAUUGCAAAGCAAAGCUAAAGACUGUGAGUUCUGAUCGUCUUCAAUUUAUUAUGGAGUUUAUAUAUUGUGAUGAUUAUAUACGAUAGAUGGGAAUCAGAAUCAGAGAAAGGUAAAAAAUGUGACAACUGUUGGAGCAAAUCUGAAUACUUAUAGCACGUUCACUUGCCAUUCCGUUUUUCUUAGUUGCCACAACAAAAAAAAAAAAAAACAAAUCAAAAUGAAAACGAAGUUGUUAAUUUCUUAUAAAUGAAAAAUGCAGAAAACUUGUUUAGCUGAGUAUUUUUGUGAGUUGUAAAACUGAAUUCAGAGAAUGAAAAUAUGUCUAAUUACUUCAUUAUGUUUCUCGAUACUUGAUUGCCACAAUUUUUUUCAUUGAUCAUCAUACAACACGAAUCAUGAUUUUUAGUUUUUAAUAAGAAUCACAUAAUUUUCAAACAACUCCAAACCAUUAGUUAGGGACUCAACCCACCAUAAUUUCACUUAAUUAUACUAUUUGCAAGUAUAGCAUCCUGCCCAAUUAUACAAAGACACGACCAGUUGUACAAAGUCAAGAAAAAUACAGAUUGUUAUAGCAGUAGUAGUAGCGGUAACUAACCGGGUGUUGACACCUUCAAAUUAUUUUUGGGUUAAUUAAAUGCCGCAUUAAUUAUUCUAGACAUUUAAUUUGAUACCACAUGACAAAAAAUGGUGUCAUUUGGAGUCGAGCAACGUUGUGGAGAGUUUAAACGACACCACGAGGAAGCUCGAUAACACCGCGGUAAUAGAAACAACGUUGUCUUAGUAAAAAAUAACAAUGUUGCGAACCUAGGAUACAGAUUUAUUCAGUUUCGCGAUGUUGGUGUUGGGUUUGGAAAAUAAGUGCUUUUUUAUUCCUUGUAGGAAGAGGAGAGAAACAACACCGUUCAGUGAUAAGCAAUGUAGCGGAGGUCAAUGACAUCGUCAAAAUCCCAACAAUGCCGCGAUACUAGCAAACAAAGUCGUUUAGACAGGCCAAGCGGGUGAGUCUGGGUUUCGGAACCAAGAGCGACAGGGUUUAAUUCAUGACUUCGUGUUGUCUGAAUUCUCAAGAAUGGCCAACUCAGUUAAUUAUAUAUUUUAAUAAUUAUUUUUUGGAACACGUUGUUUAGUAAAAAACGAAGCUGCGAGAGGUAUGAACAACACCACUGAUUAGCAAACGAAUGUGUUUAAUAUAAAACAAUGUCGCAUAGUAAAACACAAACAGUGUUGUUUGGUGAAGAAAACAAUGUCGAAUAGGCCCAGCGACGUCACGACAUUAGAAAUGGUGUUGUUUGGAAGGGAGCAAUGUCGUUGAGCAGGGGCCAUCAUUUAGAUGAGGUCGGACCAUCAAUGUUGCAAAGUUGAGAUUUGGUGCUGAUAGACCGUUAAUUGCACAUGUUUUUACCCCUAUUCUUGAGCCGUUUGAGAUGUCGAUUCUCGCGUUUUAGGCCGAUUUCACGCUAGGUUGUGCUUGUUUGUGAUAUUUCAGGUCCUAGUACGUGAAUGAAGGUUUGGGAACGAGUUCAGGAUCGAUUGGACGAAGUUUGGACGUUUGGCGAGAAGCUGAGAAGCCACACGGGCAUGCCUAAAAGCCACACGGCUGUGUAGGGGACCCCUUGUGGCCGUGUGGAAAUUCCAGAGAACUCACACUGGCACCCUGGAAGUCCACACGGCCGUGUGGGUCGUGGUCGUGUAGGAAGCCUGAAGUCACUUAACGAAACGCUGCGUUUUGCAAACUCACAUGGGCAGCCUGGGAGAGUCACACGGCCGUGUGGCCUGGCCGUGUGAGUCGGGAAUUGCUGAUUUUAAGCCAAUUUCGAGCCAAAGGAGAGGUGGAGCUGCGUUUUUGGAUCCCAAACACCCAAGGGACGAACCCUAGAGAGAGAGAGAGAGAGCGAGUUGGGAACAUUCUGGGAGCUAUUUUGGAGGAUUUCUUUGCCAUUGGAGCUCGAGAAUCAAUCUUGGAGAUGGAG